AUGAUUUUAGUCUUAUUUUUUCCAGUUGCGAAAGAUCGCGGCGUUGAAGUGACUCCGUUUACGGACCAUCAACUUUCGUGGUCUGCUUGCUCGCCGCUCUGUUCAGAAAAAGUAUCUACUUGGCGAGCGAUCAGCUCUGAGUCUGCAAGUCCACCUAGUCCUCGUUUUAUCGUCACUCCUGUAGACGCGGAAGGUACAAGUGAGCGUGAUUCUCCCACAGAUCCAAUUCGAGAUUCUCUCGGCUCUAUUCCUGCAGCGUCUGCCUCUCACAGCCGCAGCCCAUCUGGAAGUGGAAGUUCGUUAGCAGUAUCUGUUUCUUCCUACGCUGUAGGUGGUGGUGUGCAUCAUUCGCACACACUUUCCACGCCCUUCUCUAUCGGUGUGCAACGGUCGCCGAAACCAUCGAGGCUUGUCCACGCUAUUCCACACAAGUGGACUAAAACGACCAAAUUCCGGUUGAAUAGUGAUUCUGGUGGAAAGUGCAUUUUACGCAUUGCGAAGUUCGCAUUUGGAGAAUUCUUGUUGCUCUCACCUGAAACACCUUCGAAUUCUUCUUUUCGAUAA